CAUCGAAACCGAAAAGAAACUCAUUCAUUUGGAGUCGCGUGUUCACCGAAUAAACACGUAAAAUACACAGCUAAAAGUACCUCGGACGGAUUGUUGUAUUUAUAAUAUCUGUAAUCGGCGAUUAAAAUUUAUUGUUCUGAAAUAUAUUCGUUAUUUGUACGAAAUAAGUGAGUUUAAAAAAAAGAAACAAAAAUUCUCUUUACUUAUGAGUCGACGACCGGUCAGUGGUGUUUUAGAUUUAUUAAGGUAAUUUCUUUUUCUGGUACAGAAUUUCAUGAGUUUUGUGUUUAAACGAAAAAUUUGUUGCCAUAAAAAUAGUACGAACUAAUAACCCAUUGGUGUCAAUUUAAAAAAUUAAUUUAAAUUAAAAAAGAAGAAUAAAAUGUCCGAAGAUAGCUCUAAUAACUUUGCUAUAUGGGUUGGUGGUACAAUCUGUGCAGCGGUGGGACUAGCUGUAAUUUUGUAUUUUCUGAGAAAAUACAUACAAGGUGGCCAAUUUACGAAGCCAGUUCGCAUUGACGGAAAAGUCGUUAUUAUAACAGGAUGCAACACAGGACUCGGAAAGGAAACCGUUCUCGAUCUGGCUGCAAGGGGUGCACAUAUUCAUAUGGCCUGUCGAGACAAAGUGAAAUGUGAAGAAGCCAAAAAUGAGAUAAUCGAAAAAACAGGCAACACGAACAUCUUCAAUAGGGAAUUGGAUUUGGCCUCGUUGGAUUCGAUUCGCAGUUUUGCUAGGAAGUUCAUUGAGGAAGAAAAGCGAUUGGACAUUCUGAUAAAUAAUGCCGGAGUUAUGGCUAUACCAAAGUCUCUCACGAAAGAUGGCUUCGAAAUGCAGAUUGGCGUUAAUCACAUGGGACAUUUUCUUCUCACCAAUCUUCUGCUUGAUAUGUUGAAAGCCUCCUCUCCUAGUCGAAUCAUCAAUCUGUCGAGCAUCGCUCACCAAUGGUUUUACAUGAAUAAAGAUGACUUGAACAGCGAUAAAUCGUAUAGUAAAUAUCAAGCCUACUCUCAAAGUAAGCUUGCAAACGUACUGUUUACGAAAUCUUUAGCCAAGCGACUGGAAGGUACAGGAGUCACUGUCAAUGCAGUCCAUCCGGGUAUAGUGAGAACGAAUUUGGGUCGAUACUUGUCGUACUCAUUCGUACGAAAAGUGUUGAGACCAGCUACGAGCUUCUUUUUCAAAACACCAAAAUCGGGCGCUCAAACAACGUUAGCAGUUGCUCUAGAUCCGGAAUUAGAGAAAGUUACUGGUAAAUAUUUUAGUGAUUGUAAAAUUAAAAAAGAAGCAGCGGCAGCCAGAGAUGAUAAUCUAGCCGAAUGGUUAUGGAAGACAAGCGAUGAAUGGACUAAGUUAUCAGCUAGCACGAGUCCAGUUUAAAGAUGGAUAUAACAACAGGAACAAGUUGAAAAAGAAAACAUUUUAAUUGUAAUGUGAUGCACAAAUUGAUAUUAAAUUAAACAUUUAUUUAACAUG